CCCAUCAUGGCUGUGGCUCUCUGGUUGCUGUGUACCUGCGCCGUCACCCUCAGUAACAUCGCCCCCUCUGCUCAAGCCUUAAGUCGUUCCAUGAUGACUUUUGGCUUGAUGAGGAGGGAGCUGGCGUGUGAGGGUUACCCCAUCGAGCUCCGCUGCCCGGGCAGCGACGUCAUCAUGAUCGAGACGGCCAACUACGGACGCACCGACGACAAGAUCUGUGACGCCGACCCUUUCCAGAUGGAGAACGUGCAGUGCUACCUACCUGAUGCCUUCAAGAUCAUGUCACAGAGGUGUAAUAACCGUACACAGUGUGUGGUGGUCGCUGGGUCAGACGUGUUUCCUGAUCCUUGUCCAGGAACUUACAAGUACCUGGAGAUUCAGUAUGAGUGUGUGCCAUACAAAGUGGAUCAAAAAGUCUUUGUAUGUCCGGGGACUCUUUUAAGGGUUCAAGCGGCGAGUUCACAGCAGGAGGCGGAGCAUCAGUCGGGGGCGUGGUGCAAGGACCCGCUGCAGUCAGGUGACCGGCUGUAUGUCAUGCCAUGGACACCAUACCGGACGGACAUUCUGUAUGAAUACGCAUCAUGGGAGGACUUCACCCAGAACCGCGCCACCACCACCUACAAGCUGCCCAAUCGUGUGGACGGUACGGGCUUCGUGGUGUACGACGGCGCUGUUUUCUACAACAAGGAGCGAACGCGGAACAUCGUCAAGUACGACCUGCGCACACGCAUCAAAAGCGGCGAGGCCAUCAUCGCUAAUGCCAACUACCACGACACCUCGCCUUACCGCUGGGGGGGGAAGUCCGACAUCGAUCUGGCUGUGGACGAGAACGGCCUGUGGGUCAUCUACGCCACCGAGAGCAACAACGGCCGCCUGGUGGUCAGUCAGGUGAACCCGUACACACUGCGUUUUGAGGGCACAUGGGAGACAGGUUUCGACAAGCGGCUGGCGUCCAAUGCCUUCAUGGCGUGUGGCGUGCUGUACGCCGUGCGCUCCGUCUACCAGGACGACGACAGCGAGGCUGGCGGGGAUCUGAUGCUGUACGCCUACAACACCAACCGCAACCAAGAGGAACCCGUCCACAUCAUCUUCCCCAACCCCUACCAGUACAUCUCAUCCAUCGACUACAACCCCCGCGACAACCAGCUCUACGUAUGGAACAACUACAAUGUCCUGCGCUACCCGCUGGAGUUCGGACCGCCCGACCCCACCACAGGACCGCUAGUCACCACUCAAACGUCCAGCACCACGUCGUCACGCUCGUUCUCGUCCACCUCCAGUCCGUCCACCAUGCGCCCACUGCCUGCCACUUUUCACCCCAUCGGUGCCAUAAACAAAGCCCCGGAACUGCGCCCCAUCACCGCUACAGUUCCCGUGACCCGUCACCGCCCACGUCCACGCCCACCCCAGGAGCCAGAGCUGCAGGAGGGGUGUGACCUGAGCGUAGCACGAGGUGUCCAGUGGCCCAGCGCACAGAGAGGCGAGACGGUGGAGCGGCCCUGCCCUAAAGGAUCACUGGGCAUCGCUUCUUACCAGUGUCUGUCCUCUCCAGUACAGUGGAACCCCCGAGGUCCUGAUCUCAGUAACUGCACCUCUCCCUGGGUCAACCAGGUGGCCCAAAAGAUAAAGAGUGGUGAGAAUGCAGCGAACAUUGCCAGUGAGUUAGUGAACCACACGCGGAGUCGGAUCCACGCCGGAGAUGUCAGCUCAACUGUCCGUCUCAUCGAGCAGCUGCUGGACAUCCUGGACGCUCAGCUUCAGCCCCUGAGACCCGGAAACAAAGAGUCAGCCACUCGCAACUACAACAAGCUACAGAAGAGGGAGAGGAACUGCCGAGCAUACGUUCAGGCUGUGGUUCAGACAGUAGAUAACCUGCUGCGUACUGAAGCUCUGGACGCCUGGAGAGACAUGAACAGCAGCGAGCAGGCUCACACUGCCACCAUGCUGCUGGACGUGAUGGAGAAAGGCGCCUUCCUGCUCGCCAAUAACAUGUACGACACCCACUUCAGUGACCACGCCCCCAACGUUGAUCUGGAGGUUCACAUACUGAACACAGACAUGGAUUCUCAGGACUUGGCGUUCCCUCAGAGGAGCUCUGAGAGCAGCAUCCUACUGCCAGCUUCCACCGUCAAACAGUACAGCCGCAAUGGUCAGGUGAAGGUUGUCUUUUUGCUUUAUAAGAAUUUGGGCUUGUUCCUGUCCACCGAGAACGCCACUGUGAAGAUGGAGGUGGAACCAGGACCUGGGGGGCGGAGCUUAGUUGUCAAUUCGCAUGUCAUUGCCGCAUCCAUCAACAAAGAGUCAACCCGAGUGUUUCUGACUGUGCCUGUGGUGUUCACCUUGAGACACCUGCAGCUGGAGAACCACUUCAGCCCAAACUGUUCGUUCUGGAACUACUCGGAGCGCUCGAUGACGGGUCAGUGGUCGUCUCAGGGCUGCAAGCUGAUGGACACCAACCGCACACACACCACCUGCUCCUGCUCUCAUCUCACCAACUUCGCUGUUCUCAUGGUGCAGCACGAGCCCAGUUACCAGGAUCAGAUGCACGAGGUGCUGCUGGUUGUGAUCACGUGGGUGGGGAUCGUAAUCUCGCUGGUGUGUCUGGCCAUCUGUAUCUCCACCUUCUGCUUCCUGCGCGGCCUGCAGACGGACCGAAACACCAUCCACAAGAACCUGUGCAUCAACCUCUUCAUCGCCGAGCUCCUCUUCCUCAUCGGCAUCAACAAGACGCAGUACCAGAUUGCGUGUCCAAUCUUCGCCGGCCUCCUGCAUUUCUUCUUCCUGGCUGCGUUUUCGUGGAUGUGCCUGGAAGGUGUGCAGCUCUACCUGAUGCUGGUCGAGGUGUUUGAGAGCGAAUAUUCCCGGAAGAAGUAUUACUACCUGUGCGGUUACUGCUUCCCGGCGCUGGUGGUGGGCAUCUCGGCGGCCAUCGACUACCGCAGCUACGGGACCAAGAAAGCGUGCUGGUUGCGGGUUGAUAACUACUUCGUGUGGAGCUUCAUCGGCCCCGUGUCCUUCAUCAUCAUGCUGAACCUGGUGUUCCUGAUGGUCACUCUUCACAAGAUGGUCCGCAACUCGUCCGCCCUCAAACCCGACUCCAGCCGUCUGGACAACAUCAAGUCCUGGGCUCUCGGGGCCGUCACACUGCUCUUCCUCCUCGGCCUCACCUGGGCUUUCGGUCUUCUCUUCAUCAACGAGAAAACGGUCAUCAUGGCGUACCUGUUCACCACCUUCAACGCCUUCCAGGGCAUGUUCAUCUUCAUCUUCCACUGUGCCCUACAGAAAAAGGUCCAUAAGGAAUACAGUAAGUGUUUGCGUCACUCGUACUGCUGUGGACGCUCGUCUAACUCCAGCUCUCACGGCUCACUGAAAAACUCUGCACUGCGCACCAACAACCGCUAUUACACCAGCAGCCAGGCCCGACACGCUGCAGCACACAGACAGAGCCGAAUCCGUCGCAUGUGGAACGACACAGUGAGGAAGCAGACCGAGUCGUCCUUCAUGGCAGGAGACCUCAACAGUACUCCAACCCUCAACCGCGCCCCCAUGGGGAAUCACCUGUUGGCGAAUCCGGUGUUGCAGACGCGCACAGGUUCUUCACCCUACAACACCCUGCUGACUGAGAGCUUCACACCUCCAUCACCUGGAGUCUUUAACUCCACUGGAACCUUCCGUGAUCCAAAGAGCACUCUGGCUAGGAAUCGAGACCAUGCUGGAAUGGAGACACUGCCACUAAACGGCAAUUUCAACAACAGCUACUCGCUGCGUGCUGGAGUUGCCGGUCCGGGCGGACAAGGUGGCAGCUGCGACUUCCUUGGAGGUGGGUCCGAUGAGAGUCCACCUCCUUUACUGAACCCGCGUGGUGCGGAGACGCUUGGAGGGAUCCGACGCAACCUCUCGGACGCAGCCGCCUUUGAGAAGAUGAUCAUUUCUGAGCUGGUGCACAACAACCUCCGGCAAGGAGGCGGGGAGAGAAUUGGCGGUACCCUGGUGCGAGGACGAGCGGGAGUAGGGGCAGGGGCAAGUGCAGGGGCUGGAGUUGAUCGAGUGACUGCUGUGGAACAGGAAGCGGAAGACGAGGGCAAGCGACACCGGACGCCACAAGAUGUCGAGCUGUUAUACAAGGCUCUGGAGGAGCCCUUGCUCCUGCAGCGUGCCCAGUCAGUUCUCUACCAGAGCGACGCUGAGGAGAGCGAGAGCUACAUAAAUGAUUCGAACGAGAGCCGCGGGCACAGUGCAGCCGCUACAGGCACUGGCACAGGUCCGGACUCGCCUGCCAGGGACUCGCUGUACACCAGCAUCACCAACCUGCGAGACUCUCCGUACCCAGACAGCAGCCCCGACGAGCUCUACUACAGCUCGGGCAGACCUGCACUGGGCAGCGCCAUGCACACCUUCUACCCGACGCCCCCAACGAGGCCCGGAGCCGAAACCCAAACCCAUGGCCACACCCACAAUCCCCCCGAGCCCCCGCACGCUGAAGGGGAUGGACAGAUGCAGCUAGUCACCAGCCUGUGACUGCGAGUAAA